CCGCGCGUUGUUUACAUGAACCGCGACGUGUUUGAGUGGCGGAAGUUCAGAGUGGACUUUAAGACUGAUAUAGUUUCUCUUACAGCGCUUUUACUGUCGCUGUUUGUAGAGAAAUUGAAUCAGCAUCAGCUCGGUGAUGCGGAGUUCAGGUAUAAGAUAGCCAGCGCUGCAGGAGCGGGUUAAAAACAGGGAUCCAUUCAUUCAUGUCUCGGAGGAAUCCUGCAGACUCCCCGGGAGGAGAGGACAGAGAGCCGCUGCUCGGAGAAAGAACGGCGAGGCACGACUCGCGAUACGACGAUGAUCCUCCAGACUUCACUGAUGACCAAAACAGUGUACAGCCAAAGCUGAGCUAUGAGGAGGCAGUUGAAGAAGCAGGCUUCGGGCUGUUCCAUGGCUUGCUGUUGCUGGUGUGUGGCUGGGCCAAUGCCAGCGAUGCGGUAGAGAUACUGUGCGUGUCCUUCUUACUGCCCACGGCCCGCUGUGACUUGCAGCUCAGCUCUGCAGAUAUGGGAUUACUCACUGCCAGUAUAUUCCUCGGAAUGAUGCUGGGAGGGUAUAUGUGGGGGUAUCUGGCUGAUCUGAGAGGACGUCAGAGGGUGCUGGUCAUCUCGCUGGCAGUGAACGGAACAUUUGGUGCGGUGGCUAGUUUAGCCCCGAGCUUCUGGUUGUUCCUGCUGUUGCGGUUCUUCAGUGGAGUAGGGGUGGGCGGAUCCAUCCCAGUUAUCUUCUCCUACUUUUCUGAGUUCCAGCCGAAGAUGCGUAGAGGGGCCAUGAUCAGCGCUCUGGCCACUUUCUGGAUGGCUGGAAACAUUUUAGCUGCAGGUGCUGCCUGGUUGGUCAUCCCCAGGACAUUUCUGCAUGUUGAUCUGGGCUGGUUGGACUUCCAGAGUUGGAGGGUGUUUGUGGUGCUGUGUUCCAUCCCCAGCCUCACCUCAGCAUUUAUCUUCAGACUGGCCAUGCCAGAGAGCCCCCGCUUCCUCAUGGAGGCUGGCAUGGAGAAGGAGGCACUUGCAGUGUUCCAGCAGAUGUACAGACUCAACCACAGGGGAAGCCGCAAACCCUUUCCUAUGUGUAGGCUUGUUAACCCUAAAGAUGGUGAGAAUACUGGUGAACCACUGAGAAUGCAUAGAUGGUAUCAGCAUGUGACCCAUUUUCUUAAACAGGGUCUUUCUCCAAUCAGACAGCUGUUUAUUGGGCCUUUGAUCUCCAGAAGCAUUGCCCUGCUAGUCAUUUUCUACAGCAUAUCAUUUGGGUAUUAUGGUUUGUGGAUGUGGUUUCCUGAGCUUUUCAGGAGAGCUGAAGAUGGAGGUUCUCCAUGUGCCAAUAUGUCUCAACCCCAAAACCUGAGGAAUGAAAGCUGCUAUCCAGUGAAAACUGCAGUGUACAUGGAGGGCUUUGUGACUGCGGCCUCUAACCUGCCUGGGAACAUCUUCACUAUCCUGCUAAUGGACACAGUGGGAGGCAAGAUCCUACUGUCGGGGAGUCUGCUGUUGUCCAGUGCGAGUGUGUUCCUGAUUUAUGUGGUGAAGACUAAAAGCCAGAGUCUCAUAAUGUCUUGUGUGUUCAGCGGUGUGUCAGUCAUCUCCUGGAACGCCCUGGAUGUAGUGGGCACUGAGCUUUACCCCACACAGUUACGCUCCUCUGCACUGGGCUUCUUCACUGGAGUGGGCCGAGUUGCUGCGAUCAUGGGAAAUGUAGUUUUUGGCCAGCUGGUGGACUCUAACUGUGCCGUGCCUAUAUUGCUGGUUUCAGUCCUGUUGCUGGCUGGAGGUCUAGCAGCUCUACGGCUACCUGGAACCAAACAGAUGGACUUAACAUGAAACACACACACACACAAAUACACACAAAUAAUACGAGACAAACUAGCAUACAAACCUGUUUAACCACAGUCAGCCUUAACUAAUGUAAGUGUAUUAAAUUAAGGCUCUAAACUGCCAACUAGUAUCACAUAACCUUACAAUCACAAUCCAGAACCAAAAAUUAAAUUCAUACGAAAAUUUAGGACAUGAUCGCAUCAUUGGAGAGGACACUGGAGGAAACUAUCUUAUUUAAUCAUCAGAUUAUCAUCAGAGUUUUGAUCUUGAUUGUUAAAGUGAGUGGUUCACUAUGACCAGAUCAAAAGAGCUAUCUGAGGCCUGAGGAGAAAAAAUGAUGUAGCUGCAGAUGAAUGAAUGAAUGAAUGAAUGAACAUUAUGGCAAGAAUAUUGGCCAGAGAACACAUUGACCUAGGCCGUUUCUCAAUACACAAGUCUGCACUCCAGUACUUGUGAAGAACGGACUUGGGAAGUUCAGAUCACGAGUGCAUACUCCCGAGGACAGGAGGAAGCGGGGCGGUUGUUCUGUAUUUGGAACAGCUGUCUACUUGAUGACGUCACCCUCUUAAGAGGAGCGGAAAGCGUUGUUCCGAAAACAUAGGAGCACAUUUUCACCUAGCCGAUUUCUUAACAAAUAAACCACAUAUCUGAAGUCUAAACUCCUACAUUCUCGCCUGAAAAUAACUGAAAACAUUAUUUUAGAACACAGCAGUACUGUUUUAAAAACGUACAGGUGCUUACAGUUAUGUACCUUCUUCUCCUGCAUUACGCUGAUACUGCUGAGAGGUGCAUUCUGGGUUAUCGGGCUGUAAAAAGUCCACACAAGUCACCUUCCAUGCAUCCUCGAUAAAGUGGGAGGAGCAAGAACACAUCCGGGUAUUGGUUGUGUACUUGGCUAACUGCGAUCUUCUGAAUUGAAACAGUACUUGGGCUACAACUGAUGGCGUUUCCCGAGUCCACAAGAACACAAGUACAGACAAGAACGCAGAUUGAGAAACGGCCGAGAUGUUCUAUAAAAAUCAGACAGAUAAUUUAAGUUCAACUAAAAUUAUUUGGCGUAGUAGCAGAAAACACAUUUUCCUAAAAUUUUAGUUAAAAAAAAAAAAAAUCAUAAUAUUUAAAAUUGAACCCCUUGUAUUGUGAUAUGUAUCAUAAAGCCAGGUUCUUGCCAGUACACAGCUCUUGUGUUAGAGGGGUGUGAAUGUAGCAUUAGGAACAACUUGGGGUGUCUGGUUGGGAAUGGACCCCCAGUAUGCUUAAUGAGUAUCUGCCUGCAGAACUGGGCUCUAGGCACCAAAGCCUAUAUAUGAGCUCAAAGAUGAGACUGAAUUUGUAGAGAUUCUGACAACUUUAACACUGCACACAUGCACUUAACUAAUUGUUUUAUAAUUUUAUACAAUUUUAUAUAUAUUUUCAAAUAUACAACAUCAUGCACAUGUUUAGGUAAACUAGUCAAAGCUGAAAUCCACAAAGCAUAAAGAUAAUUUUUAAUCAAGAUUACUAUUAAUUAUGUUGUUUUUUUUUACAAGCCUUAGCACAAAUAGGUUUAAGGAAAGUUAUCUGGGAACUCAGAUUUUCUUGGUGUGCCCAAACGUUUGCAUUUAGCCCCUUUAUAGAGCAUAAAAGCUAACACAAGUGUUUUAAUCUGCACUUUGUAUAUUUAAAUAAAAUGUAUCUGGCAUAAUUUAUACAAUUUAAUUUUAACAAUGUUUUGAAGUUUUGCAGUAGAGAUAGAAGAUCAGGUCCAUACAUCUAUAAAUGCAAUUCAAUUCUAUCUAUUGGAUGUGUCACCUCUUUCUUAAAUUCUUUUUUCUUAAUGCAAGUUUAAACAUUUUCGAUCUGAAAUUGUGUAAUCUGAAAAUUAUGAGUUCAUAUGUUUUUUUCCACACCCUUUAAUUCAAAUUAUGCCAGGAAAUAUCUCCUUUAUCAAAUAUCAGGAAUAUUUCAUUCAGAUAUACAAAAUUCAGUUUCAAACACUUGUCUUUUAAUUCUAAUGUCCCUUUUUACUCUGCACAGAACUGUACAACUCUAAAAACAGUGCUGGGCAUUUAACUGUUUGGAUCAUGAUGAUGAAACAUAUACAUUUCAAUUCUACAAUAAUUUUAAUAAAGGAUGAACCGGUGACCAAA